AUGAUAAAGGUCAAGGUUUUGGUCUUAAAAGGGGUUGGGAUGCGCCAUGGCAGCGGCGGCGGGUUUGGCGGCGGCUCUGGUGGUGAGGGUAGGUUGGGCGGCGGAGGAUUUGGUAAUAGCGGUGGUGGUGGAAGUGGGUAUGAUUUUGGGGGAGGUAGUGGGGGAGGGUGGGGUAGCGGUGGUGGUGGAGGCUCUGGCAUGGGCCAAGGUAGUGCUGGAUAUGGUUCGGGCGGCGGAUACGAAGGCGGCGGUGGUUCUAGUUUCCGAAUAGGAGAUGAAGCGAAGGAUCUAUUUAGAGAGAGAAUUUCAUUUCUAACAGUGUUAAGCUCCGUUAAGUGGUGGGGGGAAUUUGGUGCGAUUUUGCCACGUUGA